CGGACACUCGCUCGCGGGCGUCUCGUGUAGUAAUAGCGUGCACGCGCAUGUCGUUACCAUGACAGCAUAGUUAGUAAACUCCCAUGUUGCCAUCGGUUAUUAUCAGCAGAAGAAACACUGAAUCCGCAGUGCAGGAGAAUGUUCAGAACUCGCGCAUCUGUGACGCGUCGCGUCGGGGACGAGCGUUUCUAGGAGAAGCAGAAGCUCCAGCGGAUCUGGGAUCCGUCAGGACACGCGUGGAUUUAUCCUGAAGAUCCAUGGGAACAUUCGGCUCUGCUGUGGUGUGCCUGGAAGAGGAUGAGGAAGAGGAAGAGGAGAAGAGAAGAGAAGUUGAGCGUCUUCCUCCACUGCUCGAGGACGAGGAGAAUGUUUCUCUGGCUGAUAUUUUGUGUCUGAGGGACAGCGGGCUGUCGGAGCAGGAGCUGUGGGCGGUGUGUGUGGAGUGUGUGUGUUCUCUACAGAGCAUCGCUCUCUCUCCGCUCUUCCACACACUCUGCGUAACGCCCGACACACUGGCCUUCAACGCUCAUGGAAACGUGUGUUUCAUGGAUCAGCUCGGCGAUGAUCCUGACGGCUGUUUCGUUCCUCCAGAGUUGGAUAAGACUGAACACACGUUUGAGGGUCACAUGUUCUCGUUAGGCUCCACCCUCUGGGCGGCGCUGGAUCGCGUCACGGAUCCGGAUCAGGAUCCGGAUCAGGAUCUGAGUGAAGAGAGCAAGUGUUUGCUGGAGCAGAUGCAGCAAGAGAAACCUGAGGAUCGACCCACUCUCCAGGAUCUUCUCUCUCAGGCCGAGGCUUUACUCGCUGACGUCUCGUCCACAACCGUCUGUCGGAAACUGUCCGCUGUUGGCCGAAGACUUCUGUCCAUAGAGUCCGUCGCUACUUUCCCAGACGGUUCCAGUUUCCAUUUUCUUGAUUGCAAAGCUGUAAGCUCAAACUCCACGGAGAAUCACAGCAGCGCUCGUCCCAUGAUCAGAAACCCCUCCGGCGACUCCUGUGACGGAGAAGAGCUCCUGUUGAAGCGGAGAGGUUUGGUGUGUCACGGAUCUCGUUGGUCUGGAGCUUCGGCUGGACUCAGGGAAGACGAGCCCUCGCCGGACAGCAGGUCUCAGAACAGUUCUCCGGUGCGCAGGAGGAGUCAGGAGAGGAGAGCCCUGAACCGGUCCUGCUCCGUGCCGGACUCCAACAACCCUCGGGUGUUCAGUCCUCCCUCACACACUCCCAUCAGCAUGCUGGUGUCCGACCUGUCCGAGAUCAGCGAGGACGAGAGCUGGGGCGGGAGACUGCGGGCUAAACACACUCGGGCUGAGAGACGGUCCGAGUGGGGAGGAGAGGAACCAUGUGUCCCGUCUGUGGAUGCCACGGUCCAACCGGAUGCUCGUGAGACGGAUCACACAGACUUUGUAGACGCUGAAAUCCUGGAAGACGGAGAUCUGUGCUGCUCAAACCACGACUACAAAACUAUCCUGUCCCUGAAUGAGGGAUAUCAGAACGAGUGGAUGUCCCUGCGGGAUCUUCUCUCUCGCUCCGCGCCGCUCUCAGUGAACGAGCUCUGGGCUUUAUGCCACACGUGUCUCUCCACACUGCAGACGUACAUCGACCUCCCGGACUAUCUGUGUCUGGACUCAGUGUUUGUGGGCUGUGAAGGAGAGAUGCUGUUUCUGAGACCCAAAGACUCAGUCUCCUGUGAUGCGUUUUUCCUGGCUCCUGAAUUUCAAGAACAUGGAAUUGUGACGGAAAAGGCGUGUGUGUACGGGGUGGCAGCCGUCCUCUGGGCUUCAGCCAAGUUUGAUUUGUCUCCCGAUCAAAAGUUGGCCAUGCCGAGGAAACUCAAGAGACUCCUGCUGGAGAUGGCCAAGAGAACGCCGAUCGAAAGACCGUCCAUUGAAACGGCCAAAAAGUGUUGCCGUGACUACCUCUGCCGGCAGGGAAGUGAUGCAGAGAGUGUGUGGACGCAGCUCAUCAGUCGAGUUCAUCAGGCAUUGGAUGGGAAUAGAGUUACGGAGGAACCGUGUUCUCCUGAGAGUGCUGAAAACACACCUGACCCACACGUGGGACAAGUUCACACAGGUUUUGUCCCGUUGGCCCUCGAGGGCCGGUUGGCCCCUGUAACGGGUCCUGUUCCUCAUAAUUACCCAGUGUCCUCCACCAGCAUCCGUUUGCCCGAGGCCUUCACCUCUCCUGAUACACACUUCAGCCCGAUAGUCCUGACCCCAAACACACAGUCUGAGCUGAUUGUCUCUUUCGAUGACAUCACAGAUGAAGCUCUCCCGCUAGAGCCAGAAGAACCGUCCGAGAGCGACGCCGAGGAUGAUGGGAUUGGGGGAGUUUUCUCGACGGCGGAUCAUGUAGCCGGUUAUUCAUCAUCAUCCAGCUGUAAGACUCUCGUGAAUUCACCGCCGCCAGCGAUUACCCAAACAACCAAUAAAGAAACGGACAAACAGCCGAACUACCCCACCCUACCAUGUGACAAUGGGAUUUAUAAAAACUUCCUGUUACAGCAAGACCCACACACAGGAAAUCUGACCCUACUUCCUGUUCAGAUCGCCGUGCUUCAGCCAAUCACAGGCGUGCAUCACUUCAGCGCAGAACCACUAAACAUCAAACUACCAAAACCUUCUGUAAAACCAGACGCCACUCUCAGGAAUGAACGAGUCAGUGUUUGCCAUAGAGAUAAUAACUCAGCGUCUCCUGAGAGAGCUGUGAAUAUCUCUGCUCCUCACUGUGUGAAUCACUCACUGCCUCUCUCCAGCUCGUGUUGGAGAUGCGCGUCUGUGAAGCGUGUGUGUGACCUGAUCAGAGAAGAGUUCACGUUUGACGGAUGCUUGGAGGACGGACUCGGAGAUCUGCCAAUGGGAGAAUACAUCUUUUCCUUGAAAACUCUCCGGUUUGACACUUUUUGCCGAGCAGUAAGGGAGAAGUUUAGCGCCGUGUUCUGGGAGCAGAAGUUGCUGUGUGACCUUCACCAUCUGAUCAACCUAGUCUCUGAUGAUCAACCCUCCUCUAAUGCAGUGAAUAGGGCACCAGUAUCUCUCCAGAACGCCAGACGUUAUUUUUCCAGUGAGGAAAACGUUCAUCUUGACCACCAUGCAGAGCUCUGCUCGUCCCAGCCUUCAGAUCGAGCCGCAUUAGAGGAAAACCAGAUCAAGAAAGAACUCAAAUGCAAACUUGAUGAAUUAAAAUGCAGAGAAACAGUAGACAGACGUGAGUCAGAGGAGACUAACACCAGAGGAAAAACACAGGAAGUGACAUCACAGGAUGACAGCAAAGAGGUGAGUGAGUGUGUGUUGUCUGUGCUGAUGGAGGCAGCAGGCACUGGUGAGUGUGUGUGUGUAUCUGAAGCGCUGGAAGAGAGUGUGAUCACUCCUGACGACUCUGAGAUGGACGAGUGUGCGUGUCAGAUCUCCUCCUCCUCCUCCUCCUCCUCCUCCUCCUCCGGCUGGGCUCUGGCUGUGUUCGGGCACGCCUGCUUCGGGCCGGACGUGCUGAAGUACGCUCAGAAACUCAGCCGUCACACUCGAUCUCCCACCAUACAGGACCGAUCACAGGAGCUUCACCAACAGCUGAUCAUCGAGAGCAGGAAUCUGAAAAAGACCAGAACGUUCUUCCACAAGCUGAUACAGCAGGAGAGAAAACACAGCGGUUCGGACACAAAGGUGAUGCUGUCUAAAGUCAAGCUGCAGUUUGACGAGCUCAGAGACAAAGUGGAGUUUCUACACACUGUGAAGAAAUAUCUCCAGGUGUUGAGCGUGGAUCAGUGUGGUUUGCCGCUCUCUCUGCUGCCCUCUCUGGCCGCGAGUGGAACUGCACCUCUAGAUCUGCAGGACUCGGAGGAUCCAGCGCUGAUGCUGUUCGUGUGUGAGCGGCUCAGGGCGAACGACUGCCCGCUAGUGACCGCAACGCCACGAGGGCUGAUGGCGUACCUGUACGCCAGGAACGCUCACUCCGAGGGAUUUAUUCAGCAGUUUUUCUACACGUAUCGCUACUUUUGCACCCCUGAGGAGCUUCUGCAGUUUCUGAUGGACAGAUUUAACAGCACACUGGGAGCGAAUGAAGAUCCCUCGUCAGACGCUGCAAAAGUGUAUCAGCGAACGCUGGAUUUAUUACACUUCUGGAUCGGACAGAGUUUGGACUUCAGCUCCGGCUCGGAUCUUCUGCACACACUGAACACUUUCCUGAACUCUGAGGUGGCACCGGGUGACAGUCGCAGAGAGAGUUUGCUGGUGAUGCUUCAGGCCAUGCCCAGAAAGAGGCGUGUCUGUGGCCUGUCAUGUGACCCAUCAUGUGAUGACGACGCCUCCAUCAGUGGUUCAGAAGACCAGCAGUCCAUUCACUCCUCAUCCAGGAGAUCAUCCAUCCAAGAUGUGACUCACAAGGGUUUCCAGUGGCGUGUGUCUCGUGUGGUGGAGCCUCAGAAGGGUGUGUGUAAAGAGAAAGGGUUCUCCAUCGCCGCGGCUCUUCCUCGGCCCUGUUACGCGUCUCUGAUGAGACAGAUGUCCAACACCAGUGUGAGAUCAGAGGAGAGACUGGCCUUCAGUCAGACACAACACACACCGACACACAUCGCUCAGCAGCUCACGUUACUGGAGCAGGAAAUAUUCCAGGACUGUCAUCCAGUUCACUUUCUGAACUCGAGAGCUCAUGGAGUGGCAGAAAACUCCACACACUUUUCCAGGUGUGUGUCGCUAGAGGGCAACAGUCUGUUCCUGAGGGACGUGUCGGGGCCCGAGGAGCCGCUUCACACACUCAUCACACACACACACUGUGUCAGCAACUGGGUUUCUGCCGAACUGGUCAUCUGUGACUCGGUCAAGGCACAGGCAGCUUUACUCGCUCGGUUUCUUGCUGUUGGGAAGUUCUGCUACGAGACGAGAAACUUUGCCACCGCCAUGCAGAUUCUGUCGGGCCUGGAGAAUGUGAUUGUUAGGCAAUUACCGGCGUGGAAGCAGCUCUCGGGGAAAGUGUGUGAGGUUCUGGAGGAGCUCAGGGCUGUGCAGGUGUUUCUGAAGAGUGAUAAUCUGUGUCUGAUGGAGGGAUUGAAGCGUGGAGGGCGUCCGACUCUCCCAGACGCUCAUAUCUUCGCUCUGCACAUUCAGCAACUGGAGAUCGGCGCGUUCACCAUGACCAGCGGAUCCUACAAGUGGCCCAAACUGAGGAACAUUGCGCGUGUGGUCAGUCAGAUCCAUGCGUUUCAGGAGCAUCUCUAUUCCCACUCUCCCGACCUCGAGCUUCAGGCGUUCCUGCGCGAGCGAAUCGCUCGAUUCAGCGAGUGUGACGUUCCUCUCCUCGCCUCACACAACGAUGCCAACUUCAUCCAGACGGCCAGCGACCGAUACACACACCGGAUCCAGGACACACUGCGCAGGGUCAAAGCCUCGUUCCAGUGAGAGAACGCGGUCCUGAACCCACACACACACACAGAUGUGGACGCUGGAAGACGAUGAACUGAACCAACACACACACACACAGAGAUGUGGACGCUGACAGAGGCUGUACUGAACCGACA